AUGUAUAUUACAGCGAGCGCAGCUUUUACUUAUGACACUCAUAUAUUUUAUUUUUCAUUUAUAGACCAGUGUGUAGUUUGUUUUAAGACAGUACGUCAUCUCCAGGAAGCAUUAGAGUGUGAUGGGUGUUCGAAAUGGCAACACAGAACAUGCAAUUCUGGCAUUUCAAGACAACUUUACCGGGACCUCAGAAGGCGGAAAGAAGACUUCCCUUUUCUGUGCCAGCCCUGCAGAAAUUUCAACAUCAGCAGAAAUGACAGUUUGCCUGAGCCAAUGGAAGCGUCGAACGAGAUUUUACAGUCAACUGUAGUAGAAGAUCGGCAAGAUGCUCCACCAACACUGGUGAUACCACCAAUGCCUGAGAUGGACUUAGGGCCUGAAGAAGAAGAUUCCAUAUACCGUCCUCCAGAGGUAUUAGAGUCCUUUGAUAUUUCCCACAGACGGGCCAUAGAUGAAGAGGAUUUGGAACCAGAAGAAGGGUCAUUGCAAGAAGAUAUGGACGACACCAUCCUAGACGAGAGGCCCAUUCAAUUUGAGGUGUUGGAGAAGGGAAACUCCUUUGUUAGAGGUCCUGCCCAGCAUUGCCAUCCGGGAGAUCUGAAACUUCCAGUGCUGAAGAAGAUUUCUUCUAAGGCGAAGGAGAUUGCCAGACAACAGGUGUUCAGACAGGCCCGGGACAUCGUAGAGAAAACCGUCGCUGAUCAGUUGGUUGAUGACCAGAGGUUCCUCGCCCCAAAGUCAUCAAACGUGAAGCGUUACGUCAAUCGACACAGAGCUGGCUUCAGACCGACAGAGCCAUCGAAUCUGGAUUUUGAGAUUGACAUGAAUUUCUUGGGCUGUCCUGACUUCUUGUUAGCUGACAUCAGUCAUGAUGGUGCCAGGCAUCUUGUCUUCGCCACGGAUCACCAGCUUGGGUUACUUGGAAACGCCAAGAGAUGGUACAUUGAUGGCACAUUCAAGAUUGUUCCCAGCUUCAUGAAACCCAACGGCCAGCUUCUCUCCAUCCAUGCCUUCGUUCACAAAGAUGGGAAGUCGAUGCAGUUCCCGUUGGUGUUUGCACUGAUGUCUAGGCGACGCAAAGAAGAUUAUGUUGAGGUCUUCAGGGCAAUUCAGGAUCGACUGGACAGUGUUGCUGUGGAGAUGAUGACAGCAGAUUUUGAAGCAGGUGUAUGGCAGGCCAUUCGGCAGGUUUUUCCAGAAGUCAUCAUCAAGGGCUGUGCCUUCCACUGGACGAAGGCUGUUUGGACGAAGGUGCAGAACCUUGGGCUUGCGACAACCUUCAGGGAGAGGGAGACAACCCACGUCUUCAUCAAACAGCUGAUGGCAUUGCCGUUCCUACCCUGGAAUCAUGUUGAGGACGUUUUCAACGCCAUGACCAACAGAUGUCCACCGCAUCUAGAGGAGCUGGUAGGAUACGUCAAGACUCAGUGGAUGCAGAAUCCAGUCUUCCCUAUCCGAUCCUGGAGCGUCUUUGACUUCAAAGUGAGAACCAACAACGAUGUUGAAGGUUGGCAUCGCAGGAUGAACGUGAAGGCCCAAGGACUCUCUCUUCCUUUAUAUCACCUGAUCCCCCUGCUGCUGAGGGAAGCAGAGUUGGUGAAGACAAGGAUCGCCGCAUGUGACCUGGAGAGGAACGUGAGGCAGAUAGUGACAACCACGCAGAAGAAGAUAGAAGAUGCGGCAGCCAGAUACAUGGAGGACAUCAUCACCGCGUCCCAUUUCCUGAAGGUCUGCGGAUCUAUUUACGCUGGUGUGUUUGACGUUUGAGGUGCGAUGUGAUGUACCGUGAUGUACUGUGAUGUACUGUGAUUCUGUGAAACAUUGUGUUUGUAUUGAGAUAACUUACUUAUUCAUGUUUGUAUAUGAUAUUGUUUAUGUAUGUGUUAUGUAUUCAUGUUUGCAGUUGAAAACAUUGAAAAUAAAAAAGAA